AUGAGUAAAAAAUGGAUUCGAGACAAUGAUGUUCUAGGAAUAGUUCUGAGAGAUUCACUCCACCAACCACAGUAUGUCGAGAAGUUGGAGAAAAUACUCCGUUUUCUUAUUAAAGAAAAAGAACUCACGUUUGACGAUUUGGAUGCGGUGUGGCGUGCUCAGGCUGGAAAGCACGAGGCAAUAGUUAAAAAUGUACACGACCUCCUAGCCAAGCUUGCCUGGGAUUUCAAUGCGGAACAAUUGGAUCACUUGUUUAAAUGUUUCCAGGCAAGCAUGAAAUCAGCUAACAAAAAACAAAGAGAAAGGUUACUAGAACUAAAUCGUCGGCUGGCAGAAGAUGACAAGAACGGUGUAAUGGCGCAAAAAGUUCUUAAACUGUUCUGGACAUUGGCACAUAGUGCAGAUAUUCCUCCCGAAGUACUAGAUCAAGCUCUGGCUUCCCACGUAAAAAUUCUUGAUUAUAGUUGCUCACAAGAAAGAGAUGCUCAGAAAACAAUGUGGCUAGAUAAAUGCAUCGAAGAACUCAAAGCUGGGGACGAAUGGGCACUUUCCGCCUUGCGUCUUAUUCGUGAGAUAUGCACACUGUAUGAAACAACAUCGAGUCAUACACCAAGGGUGCACCAAAUGUUAACCAGGCAGCAAGUAAUCGACAGGCUACAAAAUGAGCAUACACUAGUAAUACUAGUAACAACUAGUUUGACUAAAUAUAUGGAUAAAGUAAGAGUACAAGUUAAGCAGAAUCCAACAUUGAACCCUAUGAAUCUGAUACUAGACAAACGGUACCCACAUCCACAGCAAAUACAAGAACGACUUGAGUUUUUAAAAUUUCUACUAAAAGACGGUCAGCUAUGGCUCUGUGCCGAACAGGCAAAGCAGAUCUGGCAAUGCUUGGCGGUUAAUGCAGCUUUUCCAAGUGACCGUGAAGAAUGUUUUCGUUGGUUUGGUAAGCUAAUGGGCGAUGAACCGGACCUAGAUCCUGGAAUCAACAAAGAUUUUUUUGAGAACAAUUUACUGAAAUUGGACCCGACCUUACUAACGGAAAGUGGUAUAAAGUGCUUCGAGCGUUUCUUUAAAGCGGUGAACUCAAAAGAGGAACGCCUGAAAGGAAAACAGCGUGGUUACGUGCUCGAUAAUGAGGAUUUAAUUGGCAAAGAUUAUCUCUGGCGGGUGAUUACUGAUGCUGAGGAGGAUAUCGCUUUUAAGGCAAUAGACUUACUCAAGGAAGUGUCUACUGCUCUUGGGCCAAGAUUGCAGGCCAAUUUGAACGAUUUCCAUGAAAACUUUAUCAGUGAAUGCUGUGAUAGGCUACAAAACUACUACGAGACUGUAAAGGUGUUGACUGGUGUAAUUGAAGAAAAUUCAAAACUUGUAGAUGAUGAUAUUAGUAGUACAAGACUGCACACGGCAGAAAAGAUGUGUCGUGUAGUGAAAACACUUCAAGAAUACAUAAAAGAAUGUGAUAGAAACUAUACAGGUGAACGAACGCUGCUACCUUUAAGUCGAGCGUCGCGUGGAAAACACAUAAAUCUAUACAUACGUUUUCAAAAUCCAGGACGACAACUAGAAGAUUUGGAAGUGAUUACACACAACAACGAAACGAUAUUCUCUUUCAAACGUAAUCUGUUGAAGCGAAUUAAAGCUACCAUAAAUAAUUUGAAAAUUGAUUUGUACAAUUGCAAUGGGGAACCAAUUGAGAUAAUCGACGAUCGCCAUCCAUUGUCUAAUUACAACAUUCGCGACAAAACUUUAAUUACGGUAAAGCUCACACCGAGUGGAUCUGGUUUAGCUAGCUCUCCCGACAGCUCAAGUGACAGCAGUUCUAGUUCACCUCCGAGACCUUGCCCGGACAUGCUAAGGUCCGAGUCCGAGGAUAUGCUGCCAGGUGUGAUUAUUUCUCAGAAGCCAGCAUACAUGGAUUUCUUUCUAAAAAUCUAUCAGCUUGGAAGUGAUCUUCAGCACGGUUUGUUAAGAGACAGUUGUGUUUUCCUUUUGCAUCUUUUGCCAUUAGAUAGACAGACAGUCGCGAACAUACAUGCGAUGUGUAAUUUCAACAAUUCGGAGAAAACAACCAACUCAUUGGUAGACAAUAAUAGUAGCACUCGCACUCCAGAAGCGCUCUUUAUUGAUCCAAGCCCAGCACGUGUUCUAUACAAUCUUGAAGUAAUACACGCAAUGCUCAUACCAGCGCUAGAUCCUGGUAGUGAGGCGACACUCAAUCUUCAAUCGCGCUGGUUGCAUUGCGGUGCAUCUCAUUUCAUUCUGGAUCUAUUGACGAAAAACAACUUUUUGCCUACUGCUGACAUGCACACGAAACGUGCAGCCUUCCACUGUGUGCUCAAAAUAGUGAAAUUUUUCCUCUAUAUUGCUGGCUGCAUACUUAGCAAAGUUGGCAAUGAUCCUAAAAAUUUUCACCCUGAUACCGAUCGCUCGCAGGUCGAGAUAAUAAAACAAGUUAUACAAGCAAUUCCUGGAAAUUCUGAAUUGACAAUCAGAUCCAUGGCAGUCAAGCUGGCACAGAAUAUCGCUGAUGAAAUGUUAACGCCUAGUGCAGAAGGCGACAGGUACCGUAACCUAUUUCAAUCAACGCUACAUUGGAGUUUGCCAGACAUGUCUACUAUCAAAGCAAUUGUAAAUCUUGCUUGGGCCGCUUCAGGCAAUAACUUGGAAUACAUUGGAUCAUCAGUUGACUUCAGCCAGAAUAUAACUGCUCCGGAAUUGGCUGAUUACGCUGUCUGUAAAGAAGCUCUUGAGGUGCUCUGCAUUGCAUUAGUUCUACAUUAUAGUGCAUACGAAACACUUAGUCGCGAUAAUACCUGGUCGAUUUUCAUACAGUCUCUGGUUCUCACAAAUCCUUCGCGUCAUAUACGGCAAACUGCAUACGAACAACUUUUUCUCAUUAGUACUUACUGCGCAUCGGAUAGACGACCAUUCCUAUUUAUGGUAAAACUGUUGAUUAAACUUUUACGUACAGUGAUUCCCCAGCAUCAGGAAACUUGCGCUGACUACUUUCAAUUGUUUUGCCGAAUACUUAGUUAUGGAUGUUCAUAUAGUUGGCCAUUGCCCAUAUGCGAAGAAUUAUUGAUACAAGAAAUAGAUUGGUUACGUGCUAUUCGCGACAGUGUAAAGUCAACUGGCGGAACUGGAGUACACGAUGACCUUCUGGAAGGCCACCUGUGUCUAACAAAAGAACUAAUGUGUUAUCUUAGCCCAGAAGUAAAAUCACUAAGAAGUGACUUAAUAACGGUAAGUUUGGUUAAUACUUUUAUAUCUACAGCAUUGUUUUCGAAUUUCUUUAAAUCCUUAGUAAAUCCGAAAAAGUAUACUGCACCUGUACCUCGUUUUUGA